UAUAAAAAAAUCUUCACAGAUUCUGGAGUGAAGGAAUAGGAGACAUGGAUAGAGAAGAAGCAGUUGGAACUCAAAAUGGAGAAGUGAAAGAGGAGAAGAAGAUCGUCAAGGACGGCUCCAUCUGUGGCUUUGACUCUCUCCAUCGUCUCUUAAGUUCCUCCCUUGAACCCCACGUCUUCCAGGAAGUCAGCCGCGUGCUUUUAGGUCUCAACUGUGGCAGAGCUCUUGAGUCUCUUACUCUUCCAGAUCCUGUUGUUUCUCUUUCUUCAAAACAUGAUUUCGAUUUGCAGGCUUUUAGCUUUGGUGCUGACAAAGAGUCAUUGCGAGAACCUCGAAUAGUUCGUGUUGGAAUUAUUCAGAAUUCCGCAGCUCUUCCAACAACUGCGACCUUUUUGGACCAAAAGAGUGCCAUUUUGCAGAAACUGAAGCCAAUCAUUGAUGCUGCAGGUGCUUCUGGGGUUAAUAUAUUAUGCCUGCAAGAAGCCUGGACAAUGCCGUUUGCAUUUUGUACUAGAGAGAAGAGGUGGUGUGAGUUCGCAGAGCCCAUUGAUGGGGAAUCAACCCAAUUUCUUCAGGAUUUUGCACGAAAAUAUAACAUGGUCAUUAUCAGUCCAAUUCUUGAGAGGGAUAUCAACCAUGGGGAGACCAUCUGGAAUACUGCUGUUAUAAUUGGAAAUCAUGGUAACAUAAUUGGCAAGCAUCGAAAGAAUCAUAUACCUAGAGUUGGGGAUUUCAAUGAGAGCACAUAUUACAUGGAAGGGAACACUGGCCAUCCUGUGUUUGAAACAGCGUUCGGGAAGAUUGCUGUUAACAUCUGUUAUGGAAGGCACCAUCCUUUGAAUUGGUUGGCAUUUGGUUUGAACGGUGCCGAGAUUGUCUUUAAUCCCUCUGCUACUGUAGGAGAACUCAGUGAACCAAUGUGGCCUAUUGAGGCUCGUAAUGCUGCAAUAGCAAACAGUUACUUUGUGGCAUCUAUUAAUCGCGUUGGAACUGAGACCUUCCCCAAUCCAUUCACCUCGGGUGAUGGGAAGCCUCAACAUUCAGAUUUCGGACAUUUCUAUGGAUCAAGCCAUUUUUCAGCUCCAGAUGCUUCUUGCACACCAUCUCUAUCGCGUUACAGGGAUGGGUUGAUGAUAUCAGACAUGGACCUCAAUCUCUGUAGGCAGCUGAAAGACAAGUGGGGAUUUCGAAUGACUGGUCGGUAUGACAUGUAUGCAAAGAUGCUAUCUCGGUAUGUGAAGCAUGACUUUGAGCCCCAAGUAAUUGUUGAUCCCCUGUUCAAGAAGAACCCUUCUAAUGAUGCAGGUAGAAAAAAAUAAGAUUGAUAUCUGAAACUGUAAGAUGAUUGGAAAGAUAUCCAUUGUCAAUGGAAACCCUUUGUCAAGCUGAAGGUAGAAAAUAAGAUAGGAUAUCUGUAAACUGUAAGAUG